UCGUACUGCCCUUCUUUUUUCCGGAGGUGCCUUGUUCGGCAUGGCUUUCGUCGACAUGCUGUACUCAGGGUCCAGGGAGCUGAACCAGACCGGGACUCACGAGAAGCCAGUGGCAGAAAUAGUUGUCUGCAUCGGGUUUGCUGUGGGCCUCUGCCUCCAGCAGUUGGACGUUUUUAUUACCGGCUGGGCUGCACGCAGGAGGAUAUCGAGAAGCGUAUCAGCCACAGAGAGCACCAUGCUGUCUUCUUACUCGGAAAACGUCGACUAUGGUGCCACAGAAUCUGCUUGCGCUGUUCAUGGAAGGCGCCGAGAAGAUAAACCAUUGCCCCACGUGGGCCUGUGGGCUUCCUUGGGAGCCCUCGGGUGUCUGUGCAUCUACUACACGCUGCACUGUCUUAAUCUAGGUCUGUUGCCCGAUCAAGCCACAGCCGAAGCCACCGGUGCCUUCAAGACCGUUGAAGUUAAUACUGUCUUGGGCGCCGUCACACUCGCCGUGGUGAUGUACUCGUCCCAACCACAGCCUUCGGUGCUCCUCGCGGCAUCGUUUCUGUCAUCUGUGCUACCAGCUAUCGCCUACAUUGUAGGCUGCUUCGCGACCAAGUGGAGUAUCUCGAUGUUCUACGCAGGCAUUGUCGACACGUUUUGCUGUGGCGUGCUCAUGUGCGCCAGCGUUCUCGGUGUAGUCUGCCCAUACAGUCAAUCUAAGACGGGCUGCAAUUCUUUUCCGCCUGCGGCAGCUGGCCUCGUGUGCGCGAUCCUAGUUCGUUUUGCCUUUCCCGGAGCAUGGUGACCACGUCAUACGCAGGGACAAACAAUAUCGCAUGACUCAGGGAUAGAGGAAAUUGCGUGAGGUGUUUCUCUAGAAUCUUCUGACAUGUCAGCAAUGUUGUACUCCCCUUGCUGACUCGUCGAUGACACAGCGUGUUUUUGCAUCUUUGUGAAGAAGUCCCGAAGUCUUGAAUAAGUUUUACGUGUCGUGAUAUAGACCGUGCUUGCAGUACGCAUCGUCAAAAACAGUGCACUGAAAUCAACUGUGACAUCAGCAUCCAAGUGUCACGUUCUGAGAACAGAUGUACCUGGUAUCCUGCGUAGACAGUGAGAAGAAGAGCAGGUUUGUAACCUCAUCAACGAUAUAAGUGACGAACUGUAACACGUCUUUGUAAGAGUGAAUUGUGGACGCA